CUUUCUCUCUCUCUCUCCAUCUCUAUCUCUUUUCUAAAGCGUCACUGUCUUCAAUAUAGUAUCUUUGAAAUGGCUGCUCAGCAAGACAGAGGGAGAGCAGAUGAUGCUAUUUUCCUUGCAGACAUGUUCCUUGCUCAAACCAAAGCAAAGCAAGCGAAGGACAAAGCAACAUCUGCUAAAGAAGGUAAUAAAUUUAAUGUCCGAUGGGUGGAGAGAGAUGCUAAAGGACGUCCACUGCUAAAAAGAAGCAGAAGUGGAGAGACACGAAAACGUGCUUCAGCUACAGUUGUUUCUGUGGUUGGCAGUGAGGACGCUACACCUUUCGAGUCAUCUGAGGAGGUUCCCACAGUUACCCAAUCAAACUGCUCUCAACACUUAUUCGACAUUGAGAUGCAGAAACUGCAGGAUAUUCUGACCUCAGCAGAUGUUCAAGGCACCAACAAGUCCCCUUCAACAUCCACAUCAUGGUGCUUGCGCCAAUCUGUAGCCCAAGAUGAGUGGCGGAAAGCAAGGUCUUAUCACAUCAACUGCUUGCUGUCCUGCAAUAUGGCUUCAGAAAAGAACUGCAGCCACUGCACAUCUCCUGCCGUCAUUCGCUGCAGAGACUGCAUGCCACAAGAGUGGCUGUGCAUGGAUUGUGACACACACAUUCACAAAAAACUCACCCUCCAUAACAGGGAGUCCUGCAUUGAGGGAAUUUACAAGCCCAUUGAGCCAACAGUGUGCUGUGUAAAAAAAGAUGGCAAAUAUACACUGGUCAAUCAAGUAUGUUUAUUGCCUACAGUGAGACCUGUCCAGUUAUGCACUUGCGACCCUUCAAACUUCACAGAAUCAGCUGGCAGAGCAAUCAUUUUGGUUUGCAUAAAUGGUCGGUAUGACUUGCACUUGCCAAACUUGCUGUGCAGAUUAUGUCUGGCUCAUUGGACACCUGACAUGAGCGACCUAAUAAGAAGUGGGUACUGGCCAGCAUCUGUGAAUGCUGACACGCUGUUUUCAGUCGAUGUCUUCACCACAUUUGAAGAAAUGAAAACUGUUGCACCAGGAUUAUCGAGACAAGGUUUUUUGCGGAUGUUGGAGAGGAGGACUUGUCUCUUUGGAAGGGCUGGGAAAAUACAUGGAGACGUAUUUCAAAGAAGCUUCAUGGAAUACACAUUCUGCCAGUACCAGUGUGAAGAAAUGGCCAGUGUAGAUCACUUCACCUGCCCGGCUUGUACACCCAACAUGCUCGCUCUUUGUGCAGAUGGCAACAGAAAAGUGUACCGAUUUCGGCAGUCAAAAGGGUCAGAGGAACCCUAUUUUGAUGGCACCUUCAUUGCCAAGGACACUGAUGUACACCAUUUUGUUGAUGAGAUCAGGAGUAAAAUGAAAAGUGUUAGUUUUUGCUCCUAUGAUUUAAAUCCAAAAUUUGAAAUGUAUGAUUGUUGCUUUAUUAAAUAGAUAUUGUAUCCCUAGCAUGGUGCACUCUUUUAAGCAAUCUUGUGUUGAUGUUUGAAAUUAAACAUGGUAUGUGUGGUGGCAUCCAAAAUGGCUAGUUUAGGAGCUCAUUCAUUAUGUAAUAGCA